GACAGUAAAUGUAAGUUUUUAAUUUGAGGUAGUCAAAGUAAAAAAGGACAUAGUUCAAGUAACCUUCAAGUUUUUAAACCUAAAAUAAAUUUUAAAAAUUUGCAUGUGCCCUAACCUUUGGCCUGUAUUUUGCCAUCAUCUGAAAUACACCAAUAUUUUCUGUAUUUUAUUGAACUAUAAAUGACUAUUUAUUAUUUACUUUAUUUAUUAUUAUACAGGAUUAUAUACAGUACAUUUGUAUUUAUAGCUCCAAAUGACCUGAAAACUAGCAUGCUAAACGAAAAGAUAGCACACAUGACAAAUCUAUUUACCCAACAAUUUAUUUUAUUUUGAACAAUCAUGUCAAUUAAAUUUAAUCCACAAAGACUGAAGUGCACACUUUCAUACUGAUUUUCAUUUGCACAAGUACGCGUCUAUGACUGAUCUCUAAUACAAGGGCUGGUAGAAACAUAAGCACUGAGGCCUUUAGUUCCAAAAUGUUGAAUAAAUGAAUGAGUGCAGCGACCACCUCCAGUCAGUCUUCACUUAGUCAUCACAAACAGUGAAAACUCUCGUGUCAUUUGACCAGUACGACACAGCAAGCGCUUGUAUCAAACUUCUCUGUUACUUGAUCCUUACUUAUCCUCCUUGCUAAGCCCUUUUUUCUUUUGAAAAUCUUUAAUGAAGCUAAUCGCCUCAACAAAGCUGCUCUGUAAAGUGGCAACUGGAUAAAAAUUCCAUCCAUUCCUGUUGCGGGUCAAAGCUCAAACAAGCUCAAACAAAAAAAAAAAUUCCAACCCCCCCCAGUCUGCUUCUAUAUGCUUCACUUACAUCUGCUCCGAGACGAGUAAAAACAUUUGGAAGAGCCGAUGAAGAGGAUGAAGUGUUUUGUUGUUUUUCUGGGUCUUCUGUCUGUGGGGUGUUGUGCUCCUUUAUUGAGCUGCGACACUCUGCUCGAACCAAUCAGUGUCAGCAAUGAACAAAUGUUGGGCCGCUGGCUGUACAUCGGUGGCAGCUCCGACCUCCCGGGAAGUCGAUCUCUGGGCCUCCUGAUGAACAACAUCUGGCUGGACAUCAGUGCCACGUCCCGCAGCAACGUGCUCAACAUUGUCCAGGCUCAGAGAAUCUAUGGCAAGUGUUCAAGCUUAACGUACAAUGUGACGAUGGAGAACAGCACCAUGUUGAUUGAGCAUCCUUUUUACCUGAAGGAAGUCUACCUGAAGACGGACUGUUCAGACUGUCUGGUGGUCUAUGAAGAAGUCAACUCCACCCAGGACUCUUUUAAGAGUCUUAUGCUUUUCAGCAGGCAACGGAACAUCUCACCUGCUGACAUAGAGUUACUAAGAAAACAAGCAAAGUGUCUUCAGAUGCCCUCCCCACUCAUGAUGGACCCCAACAACGAGCUCUGCCCAGACGACACUGAAUCCUCAGAUGGACUUGUCGCCCUCAACUCGUUGUUAGAAAGCAAGAUGGCGCAUCGGGUUGCGAGACUCCUGGAUAAACUUUUUGAUUUCUUUGUCAACUGAUUGACAUCAUGGGGGUAAAUACUUC